AGUGUUUGGACUGAAAAUUGGAGCAAAAUGAGGAAAGAGGAAGAGGAAGAUCAAAAGAAAUGUAGAAAGCGUAUCUAAUAAGAACAAGGCUCUAACUAGAGGAAAGAGAUAAUCUAUCCUUCUCUGCUGUUUCUCUCUCUCUCUCUUUCUCUCCCACUCCUCUAUCAAUUACAAGCAAACAGCUGACACUGUUCACGAGCACACGGGUGGUACUGGUUGUUCAAGAUCCGUGAAUGUGGAAACAAAAACGCUAAGAAUGUGUCAGACACAAAACCUGUUUUAAUCCUUAGUUUUUACAAAUUACAUUUCUUAAAGUCGAAUACAUUUGCAUGCUUCCGCAUGUAAAUCCGUGUCAGCUGCAUAUUAAUCGUUGAACAAAACCUUGUUUCUCAUUUAUCGCAAAGGCAACCACAAGCAUGGUUCUAAAGUUCGCUAGUAACUUGUCAUUCAUGUUCACGGAGGCUCCUAGUAUCAUUGACAGAUACCAGCUGGCUAAAGAAGCUGGGUUCAAAGCGGUAGAAAGUGGAUUUCCAUUUGGCUUCUCCAGUCUGGAGGUAGCCGCAGCCAAGACGAGGGCAGGUGUCGAUCAAGUACUUCUGAAUGUCUUCACAGGCGAUGUCACAAAAGGGGAAUUGGGCUUUGCUGCAAUUCCAGGCGAGGAAGAGAAUUUCAAGAAAAGCAUUGAGAAAACGAUACAAUACGCAAAAGCUUUGGAUUGCAAGAUGAUUCAUGUAAUGUCGGGAAAAGUGGAGUCAUCCAAGGCUGCGGUUUUUCAUAUAAACCACAAUGAUGUGGUUUACAUGAAAAAUAUGCUGUAUGCCAUCGACAAAUGUCAAAAGGAAGAUAUCACUGUCGUGAUCGAACCGAUCAAUAAAUAUACUGUACCGGAUUAUUACAUGAAUAAUUUCGAGAAAGCUUUAGAUCUGGUGAGAAAGAUAGACAAUCCAUACUUUAAACUGCAACUGGAUAUUUUUCAUCUGCAACAUUGCCGUGGCAAUAUUACAACAAGCUUUCGAGAGCUUUUACCUUACACGGCUCACAUUCAAAUAGCGCAAGUGCCUGAUAGACACGAACCGGAUACACCGGGGGAAAUCGAUUACAAAUACGUUUUUUCCUUGUUGGAAAGGCACAACUAUGCUGGGUAUAUUGGCUUGGAGUAUCGGCCGAAAUUGUCGACAGUGGAAGGAUUAAGUUGGAUUAAAAAAUACGGUUACACGCUGUGA